CUCUCUCUCUGGUCUUUCUCUCUCUAAAAACAAGCACCAUAGUUUUGGCCCAUAAAACAAACCCAUUUGAUAGCCAAAACCCAGAACUACCAUGGGCGUGGACAUGUCGAAUCCUCCAACUUCUCGUACCAAAGACUUCUUUGCCUCUCCUGCUCUCUCUCUCAGUCUCGCUGGGAUUUUUCGAGAUGGGGCGGCGGCGGCAGCGGCUGCGAAUAUGGAGGUGGAGGAGGGAGAAGAGGGAAGUGUAGGAGGUGGCGGCGGAGCAAGAGGGAGGAGAGAGGAUACGGUGGAGAUUAGCAGUGAGAAUUCGGGACAUGCAAGGUCACGCUCCGAUGAAGAUUUCGACGGCGACGGUGACCAUGACGACGACGGAGACGGCGGCGACGGCGACGGAGACGGCGGCGAUGGGAACAAGAAAAAGAAGAGAAAGAAGUAUCAUAGGCACACCGCCGAGCAAAUCAGAGAAAUGGAAGCGUUGUUUAAAGAAUCACCACACCCUGAUGAGAAACAAAGGCAACAACUGAGCAAGCAAUUAGGCCUUGCCCCUAGACAAGUCAAAUUCUGGUUUCAAAAUCGUCGAACACAAAUCAAGGCUAUACAAGAACGCCAUGAGAAUUCGUUGUUGAAAACAGAAAUGGAGAAACUCCGCGAUGAAACUAAGAGCUUGAGGGAAACAAUUAAGAAGGCUGCUUGUUCUAAUUGUGGGUUUGCUACCUCUAGCAAAGAUGCAUCUGUAGCAACUGAGGAACAACAACUAAGAAUUGAAAAUGCCAGACUCAAGGCCGAGAUUGAAAAACUUCGAGUAGCUGUGGGAAAAUGCCCUCCUGGAACAUCACCAUCGAACUCCUCUUGUUCUGCAUCCGGAAAUGACCAAGAGAACAGAAGCUCUUUAGACUUUUACUCUGGUAUUUUUGGGCUUGAGAAGUCGAGAAUUAUGGAGAUUGUCAAUCAAGCCAUGGAAGAGCUUAAAAAGAUGGCCUCUGCUGGGGACCCGCUUUGGAUUCGUAGUGUUGAGACUGGUCGUGAGAUACUUAAUUAUGAUGAAUACAUGAGAGAGUUUUCUGUUGAUAAUUCUAGCAAUGGGCGCCCAAAAAGGUCUAUUGAGGCCUCGAGAGAGACUAGUAUUGUGUUUGUGGAUCUUCCCCGGCUUGUUCAGAGUUUCAUGGAUGUGAAUCAAUGGAAGGAGAUGUUUCCAUGCAUGAUAUCGAAAGCAGCUACUGUCGAUGUUAUCUCCAAUGGAGAAGGUCCCAACAAGAGUGGCGUUGUUCAAUUGAUGUUUGCAGAGCUGCAAAUGCUCACACCAAUGGUGCCAACCAGAGAAGUUUAUUUUGUCCGAUUUUGCAAGCAACUGAGUGCUGAUCAGUGGGCAAUUGUUGACGUAUCUGUUGACAAAGUUGAAGACAACAUUGAUGCAUCCCUUGUAAAAUGCAGAAAACGUCCUUCUGGUUGCAUCAUUGAGGAUAAAUCAAACGGCCACUGUAAGGUGGUUUGGGUAGAACAUUUGGAAUGUCAGAGAAGUAUUGUUCCAACCAUGUACCGUUCGAUAGUUAAUAGUGGUAUAGCCUUUGGUGCAAGGCAUUGGAUUGCAACAUUACAGCAGCAAUGUGAGCGGCUUGUGUUUUCCAUGGCUACAAAUGUUCCAACUAAAGAUUCAAAUGGUGUAGCAACAUUGGCGGGGAGGAAAAGCAUUUUGAAGUUGGCACAAAGAAUGACAUGGAGCUUUUGUCGUGCUAUUGGAGCCUCAAGCUACCAUACAUGGACCAAGGUAUCGACUAAAACAGGUGAUGACAUAAGGGUGGCUUCUAGGAAGAACUUAAAUGACCCGGGAGAACCCCUUGGGGUGAUCAUGUGUGCAGUUUCAUCCGUAUGGUUGCCCGUGUCUCACCAUGUUCUGUUCGAUUUCAUCAGAGACGAAGCCCGUCGAAACGAGUGGGAUAUCAUGUCAAAUGGAGGUCCAGUACAAUCCAUUGCGAACUUGGCCAAAGGACAGGAUCGAGGCAAUGCAGUCACUGUCCAAACGAUGAAGUCGAAAGAGAACAGUAUGUGGAUACUACAAGAUAGCUGUACCAAUGCCUAUGAAUCUAUGGUGGUCUACGCUCCAGUGGACAUCACUGGAAUGCAGUCGGUGAUGACAGGUUGUGAUGCCAGCAACAUUGCCGUAUUGCCUUCGGGUUUCUCAAUUCUUCCAGACGGGUUGGAGUCAAGGCCUAUGGUGAUCACUUCUCGACCAGAGGAGAAAAGCACAGAAGGAGGAUCAUUGCUUACCAUAGCAUUCCAAAUCCUCAUCAAUACCUCUCCCACAGCCAAAAUAACUAUGGAGUCUGUGGAGUCUGUCAACACUCUAAUAUCAUGCACGGUGCGAAACAUAAAGACAAGCUUGCAGUGUGAAGAUGGUUGAUUGUCAUUAGUUUUUUUAGAGAUUGAUAGGGAGACUAACUAAUUGUAAAGUUCAUAGAUUUAAGGUUUUCUUAAUUAAUUUUUUAUUUCCCGAGCAA